AUGAGUUCCGAAAAGUCAGAUUCUCUUUCAGGCUUCUCAGACCUGGAUGAAGAUUUUUAUUUCCCUUCGCACGAUCCUAGAGCUUCGUCUUCAGAACAAGAUUAUGUAGACGCUAUGCGAGGGGAAUUCGUUCCAAAGAAUCUUCGUCACGAGAAAAUGAUUUUUUGCAUAGUUCAUGGGUUGCGUUAUAACAUAGCAUUCGCCGAGUCUGCGCCAAUGAAGGAAAUCUGUGCUAAGAGUACCAACAAGAUCUUCGCCCGCGCCAGGAAUGCUCGCUUAAUCAUGAGCGAUAAGGUUCCGCUUAUGAGAGAUGACGAGGAAAAGCCUUACUGUAUUUGGCAUCCACAGGUAGCAAGCGUUGAUACGUAUCGUGAGUUGGUCCAGAAGUAUCCUGAUAUGAAGUAUCAUGUUGGCCGAGCGUGUGCUGUUGGGGGUUAUAGCGACUUGUAUCGCGAACUAGACUUGCUCCCGGACAUUUCUAUUGCUGAGGAAGCAAGAGACAACUUGACAGUUGUCGGCUCGAAGGAGAUAUUCGAUCUCAUCAUGUGCCAACCGACCCACUAUGCCGCCAUGGAUGAUUAUACGCGGUCGGUGAACUGGAAAGCUCCACGCAGAGUAAUAGGUUUAAAUGGCGACACAGCAGUACUCUCGUCUUUACGUGCGACGGUUGAAUUCACGGAAGAAUGCUCGAGAACUCGUUCGUAUUACUUCAACAUUACGGAGGAUCAUUGCAUCAGCGAGACCUCUUCUGGUCAAACCCACAGUCUUCCUCUAGCUCCUGAGCACGUGUCUCUGCUCUACAAUCCGCUUCCGCUCCAUCUUCCGACCAUGAACAAGGAUACUUUGAUUCUUCAUGCUGCUUAUGAAGGUAACAUCGAUCGAUACGCACGUCUACGACGUCCUGUCAUGAUCCCACAAGAAACCGAGGCCAUAGUCCGUGCCCAUAGCCCUCAUCUUUAUGACGUCAGAGCGGCCGUUCUAGCCCGCUUCAUUAUGGUGAACGAUUUAUCGCGUAUUACGGAUCGAAGCACUGCCACCACAGAUACUAUCACAGGCGCAGAAUAUUGGCCUGAGCCAUUUUUGAUAUGGUGGCCGCUUAUUCCGCUAGAGUUGACACUCCGUGAGCUAGUGCGCCGACGUCCGAACAUGCUGCGCCAGGUCGCCAUGGCAUGUAUAGCUGCAGACUAUUUUCAGCUGUGGAAACGCCGAGCAGCCGAGAAGAAUAUCAAUCUGCUUGCGUACGCUCCAGAACGCGAUGAUGGCCUUGAGUGUACAAGACGAGACAAGGAGCCAACUGAGAUCUUUCUGUCACCGUAUAUUCGUGCUGACGAGGACUUCUUGAGAGAUUGGAUGACUUAUCGUAGCAUCUACCCUGGAUCCCAGGUGAAUGCGGCGCGAUGGGACUUAUGCAUUGCAGUGAGUGAUGAUCUUAGAGAACAAGUACGGAAUGAGAAUACCGAUGAUAGCCUGGAUGAAAACUGCGGUUGGCCAUAUUCAAUCUGGAAUGUGUGGGGUUAA